AUGACCAGAGGGGGCUUUUUCAUCAUGUGCUGUGUACUGUGGGGCGACGUGAUCCACAUCUACUCCAGAGUCCUGGAGGGACCAGGUUUCUCCGUCUUCAAAGGAGCCACAGAGGACGGCUACGUGGUCCUCAAGGUGUGGACGGCUGCUCGGCCCUGGGACUUCCAUCAGUCUCUGCGUCUGAAGAACUCGUCCACCGCCGCCGGGUUUCCUCUGAUCAGCUGUUUCCUGUUCCUGGACGGCUGCAUCACCGUGUACACCACGCCGCCGGGUCACAUGUUCACUGAGCUCACAGAGUGUGUCCCCAGCGAGGCCUCCGUUGGUUAUAAAGCAGUCGCCCUGGUAACGAUGGUGUCUCAGCUUCACUCCUGCAGACUGCUGCAUGCGGCACUGCAGCCUCACCUCCUCACCUGUUGUCACAGAGGUCUCCUGAUCCCUGACUGGGUCUUCCCGGUGGACUGGUCCUCCUCGGUGGACCUGGACCUCCAGCGGGACGUCACGUCGGUCCAGCAGGUCCCCUCAGCUCAGGACUACAUCGGUCUGGGUCUCCUGGAGCCGACCGCCCCCACAGCUGGUACCACUGCAGCACAUCAGUCCACUCUGUUUGGCUCCUUCACUGGGAUUGGUCCUCACUGA